AUGUAUUUCUAUUAAUUAAUUUAAAUGCAAAUAAAAGUAUUAAAUGCAAUUUUUUCAACAGCACCCGCCCCCCCAGCAAGUCCAACAAAUAGGACGACUUAAAAGUGGAGCUCCUGGCAACUGUUGCGUUUUUGCCGUCAACAACGGGCUGCCUUCUUUGUCUCUUCGGAUGUUUUCCUCAUACAGUAGCAAACUCAGACAACAAAAGAAGAUCCCACCUCACAUGCAUCGUGCAACACAGGUCGUACCAUAAGACGGUAUCAUUAAUAUGUCUGUUACUAUUUGAACUCUUGUCACUUUUUUCUCCCGCAUAAACGAAAUCACGCGAAGUCAGAAGCUGAACUCAGUUGUUAACAAUGGUUCAAGUAUAAACUAGAAAAAUAGAUUAGAAACAAUCUGAUAUCUUAAACGUUUCCACCUGUAAAACUUAGUAACAAAAUAUUGGAGGCCUUUGAAAAUCUGGCAGAUUAAUGAGACGUUUCAGAUGCUUAUGGCUGCUUUUGGUAAUGAGGAAAGCUGGGACCCUUAUGAAACGACUCAGAGACGUGAGUUUGUCUACAGACCUAAUACACCAAUAAUUGCUUUACGCCCCAUGACAUCAACGAUUCACAGAGGCUCACACUGGGCAACUGCCCUCACUGGUUCCACUGCAUACAGUGAAGACUUCUGCUGGAAAUCAGCAUCUAAGCCUACCUGUAUGCUCCCUGGAACUGCUUCUGGUAACAGAAGAAACAACCCACAUCCCAAUCAAGAUUUCAUGGUUUGGAGGCUGCCAAGGGGAUUUCUGCAGAGCUCAGCAGAUGGCAGGUCUCCAUGGAGGAAUCCGCUAUCUGAACAGGAAAUCAGAAAUGCCUUAUCUGCCCAAUAUCGUUCCACUUACCAGGCGGACUAUUUGGGUAUACCUUCAGGGUUUCAGAUGAAAUAUGCAGUUUCAGGUUCUAAUAGCCGGAGACGAGACGUUCCUUACUGUCUUCACACGGAAAUGAGGGACAGUUACCGGCAGCCACAAGAGAUGCCUGAGCUUAAAAACAACACCUCCCGCUAUGGGUGUAACCCACUUCACAAAGUGUGCUCAAAAGGCAUAGUACCUACUGUGGUUCGGGCUCAUAUUCGCAAUCAAGGGAACAGUAAACAACUCAACACCUACGACGUGCACUUCGGGGGAAAAACAGAGGACAUUUAUGCUGUACUGAACUCUCUUGAGCCCAAGGAGCUGCAGAAAUUCUCUAAUCAUGUGCCAGAGGAAGGUAAAACCGAGCUAAAGCCACAUUGCGCUCAUAUUUUACUGCCUAACAGCCCUGUACACCAUGUCAUGCACUCAGAGAUAAAUGUUGACCUUGACCAGCGCCUGCUUUUUUGCAGACAGGAAGAUCUCGCAGGCUAUUCUGCAAAGGGAUGCUUCUAACCGUCCAGUGAAAAUGCUAAAGACACCUCUCGUCCUUUCUCAGGGCCCCUGUAGGCUUGAUAGGUUAUCCAGGUGGCCUGGACCUCAGUAAACAGCAUCUGUUCAGGGAAUCAAAGUCCAGUUGAUGUUGCAGCACAAUCCAGAAUGAUUUUUUAAAAUGUAUCAGAUAUGCCUGCUUGUGCAUGUUUGUGUGUUUAAACCUGGCAUUUUUGAAACACUACUACAACAUACUGAAAAAUAAAUCCUGCCCCUCCAAAGUAAUGAAACUCUGCUGUAUUUCUUUGAGUAGUUAUACUAAUUCACAGUAGCUUAUUGGCUUCAGACCACCAACAACCUUUAAAUGAAUGAAGGCCCACAGGACGAUCAGUUAUCAAGGAACCAGUUAAAUAAUAUCUGUUCUGCUUCGCAAACCUAGGUUUUUAAUGCCUAACAGUUAUGAC